CCGCUUUAUAUUUAUCCCAUUGCGACCCGACCCCUCUUAAUACCCUCCUCCUCCUCUCUCUCUCUCUCUCUCUCUACCCCUGCGGACGGAGAUUGAGCAUUUCUGUCCAGUCUUCCGCCCAGUGAGAUCGACCGACCGACCGACCAGUUUGAGACCGGAGUUUUUAUGCUUGGGCUUAUAGGGAGUUGGUGAGCAAGGAUGUUUGGGGCGACAAAUCCUUUUGGGCAGUCAUCGAGCAGCCCUUUCGGGCAGUCGUCAAGCAGCCCUUUCGGGUCGCAAUCGAUCUUCGGCCAGUCCAGUAAUACAAUCAAUCCUUUUGCGCCCAAACCAUUUGGCAAUACAACCCCUUUUGGGUCCCCACAAACAGGGUCUUCCAUAUUUGGGGGAACUUCAACCGGUGUUUUUGGUGCCACUCAAUCUUCAGCACCCGCAUUUGGUGCACAAUCAUCACCGGCUUUUGGUGCAUCUUCUACUCCUGCUUUUGGAAGUUCGUCAUCUGGUUUUGGAGGAUCUUCUCUGUUUGGUCAAAAACCUGCUUUUGGAGGCUUUGGGUCCACUCCUACACAAACAAGUCCAUUUGGAAGCACAAGUCAGCCAUCACAGCCAGCAUUUGGAAGUGGUAUGUUUGGAGCUUCUACACCAUUUGGUUCUUCAACUCCGUCUCCAUUUGGUGCCACCUCCACUCCGGCCUUUGGAGCGACCAGUACCCCCGCCUUUGGAGCCACUAGUACCCCUGCCUUUGGAGCCACUAGUACCCCUGCUUUUGGAGCCGCUAGCACCCCUGCUUUUGGAGCCGCUAGCACCCCUGCUUUUGGUGCUACAACUACGCCUUCCUUUGGUUCAACUGCCACUCCAGCAUUUGGUAGCGCAGGAUCUGCAUUUGGUGCUUCAACUUCCUCAGUCUUUGGCACGGGAAGUGCAUUUGGGGCUUCUAGCACCCCUGGUUUUGGAUCUUCCAGUACACCUGCAUUUGGGGCUUCUAGCACCCCUGCUUUUGGCGCCUCAAGUAGUCCAGCUUUUGGGGUUUUGACUCCUCCUUUUGGGGCUUCCAGCAGCCCUUCCUUCAACUUUGGUUCUUCUCCAGCAUUCGGGCAGUCAUCAUCAGCUUUUGGUAGCAGCUCUUUUGCAUCUUCAUCUCCUUUUGGGGCCCAGAUAGGAAAUCAGGCCACAACACCAGGUUUUGGUAACUCUGGAUUUGGACAGCCAGGUUUUGGAGGUCAGCAACGUGGAGGAAGUCGAGUGUCCCCGUAUUCAGUAACUCUUGAGCAAGAUAGUGGAAGUGGUGCACAACCGACUGGGAAGUUAGAGUCCAUAUCAGCAAUGCCCGCAUACAUUAACAAGAGCCAUGAGGAGCUUAGGUGGGAGGACUAUCAGUUGGGUGACAAAGGUGGACCAAAUCCUGCUGGUCAAUCUGCUGGUGGUAAUCCCUUUGCUACAUCUUCAUCAACCCUGACACCUGCAUUUGCUGGACAAUCAUCUCCAUUUUCCUCCAGUACACCUGCUAAUCCAUUUUCCUCCACCACAACCCCUAAUUUGUUCUCCUCCACAUCAUCACCAAAUCCAUUUGCUCCAAAACCCUUCACUCCAGGUUUUACGUCAGGACCUGCUACUUCAGUCUUUGCUUCUACGUCCUCAUCUGCAACUUCUGUAUUUGGACACGCUGCAGCACCUAGUUUUACGGCUGGUAGUUCUUCGUCCCUCUUCCCUACAGCAGGUCAAUCUACAUUUGGGACAUCUCCUUCAUUUUUCAGUUCUACUCAGGGUGCCACCGGAAUCAGUUCUGGUUUUACUUCACAAUCCACCCCAUUAUUUUCAUCAAUUACCCCCUCAUUUCCCCAGACAAGUUCUGGUUUUGGACCAGCAACUGCACCUUUUGGUCAGACCACUAGUCCCUUCGCCCAGAGUAGCACUCCUGCCAUUGGUCAAACAAACAUAUUUAACACACCUUCGACUGGAGUUUCAAUGGGUUUAUUCUCAAGUACUCCUUCCUUGCUUGCUUCUACUAAUACUGGUGGAUUCAAUCGGACAAAUCCCUCUUUUUCAUUGCAAUUCCAGCAGUCUCAACCUGCUCAGGCAGGCCCUGGGUUUUCCAACUUAGUUCAGCCCCAACCAGCUGUUGGAGGUCCACAAAAUAUCUAUACUCAGAGUAACUUUGGACAAUCGUCUGCGAACCUGAGCUCGGCAGUUGUGCAGACAGCACCUCCUUCCACUAAUCCAUUUGGAACACUCCCAGCAAUGCCUCAGAUGUCAAUUGGCCGAGCUGGAACUGGUUCCUCUAUUCAAUAUGGAAUUUCAAGCAUGCCAGUUGUGGACAAACCUGCUCCUGUCCGAGUGUCAUCACUAUUGACAUCUCGACACCUAUCUCAGAUGCGGACGAGGUUGCCUGCUAGGAAAUAUCAUCCUAAAGAUGAUCACCCGAAGGUCCCAUUCUUCAGUGACCAAGAAGAAACGCCCAGCACCCCGAAGGCUGAUGCUCUUUUCAUUCCAAGGGAGAAUCCUAGAGCUCUGGUCAUCCGUCCUCCUGAGCAUUGGCCUUCAAGAACUAGUGCAGAGAAACCAUCUCCAGUGAAUGACACAUCCCCUAUCCUCGAGAAUGCUGCAUCCUUUGCUGAGUUACUUCAACCUGACGUCUUAGGUAAAGUGAAUGGAGUUUCACCAGCAAAUGGUCAAUACUCAGUGGAUAAAGAACAAACUCCAGCUGAAAACGGCCACUUGGCGGAGACGCUCAGCCGUGCCAAAGCUGCUCAGAAAUCAAACGUGGUCCAUGAAGAUCAUACCCAGAUGGGUGACUCCUACAAGACUCUCACUGGCCACCGAGCUGGGGAAGCUGCUAUUGUAUAUGAGCAUGGGGCUGAUAUUGAAGCCUUAAUGCCAAAGCUCCGGCACUCGGACUACUAUACAGAGCCUAGGAUCCAGGAAUUGGCUGCCAAGGAGAGGGCUGAACCAGGCUUCUGCCGUCGCGUCAGGGACUUUGUGGUGGGUCGCCAUGGAUUUGGAAGCAUCAAAUUCAUGGGCGAGACAGAUGUGCGAAGGCUUGAUCUUGAGUCCCUCAUUCAGUUCAAUAAUCGGGAAGUCAUCGUGUACAUGGACGACAGCAAGAAGCCCCCUGUUGGACAAGGUCUCAAUAAGCCAGCAGAGGUAACCCUCCUUAAUAUAAAAUGCAUCGAUAAGAAGACACGCAAGCAGUAUACAGAGGGACCGAAGGUGGAGAAGUACAAGGAGAUGCUGAAGCAGAAGGCUGUGGAUCAGGGUGCUGAGUUCGUGUCAUAUGACCCUGUGAAGGGAGAGUGGAAGUUUAGGGUUGACCAUUUCAGCAAGUAUGAGCUCAGGGAUGAUGAUGAAGCAGCGUGGGGGCUGUGUGAUGAUGCCAAUGAGCUAUAAAAGUUUUGUUGAUUGAUCGCAGAUGAUCUGUGUUGAUGGAUGAAGCAAAGGUCUCUCUUGGGGGUUUGGACGGUUUUCAAUCUAGUAUGGGUUUCAUGUGGGGAUUAUACAGGCUAGGGGAAUCGCUUAUGUUUUUAUGUCGACCAAGGUGCUGAUACGCAUCAAGUUGCCUGUUCUGUCUUGGUCUUAUUGCCCUGUCCGAGUCAUUGCUGUAGUCUUUGUUUUUGCUGUUUGGCCUUUUUAUUUCUGAGUCUGCUUUUGUGCAUCUGCGUGAGUAGAGAUAAUUGUUACAAAAGAUGUAUGUGCUAUCGUCGAGUUUAAUAGAUGGGGCCUUGAAGCCAAAGGGAGGAGAAAGGGUUGUAUAAUGUUUUUGUAGCGGUCUGCUGUUUCCGGUUUCUGUUUUAUUUUUGGGAAUGUAGAAGAACCCUUUUGAAUUAGUGUUAAGUUUUGAUCUAUCAAGAAGUUGUACAUUUCAAUGUUU